AUGCAGGUCAAUUUUGGAUUAUUUAUGUUGGUGUCAAUAGCGACGGUAUCGUGUGGCCAGCACGUAGAGAAGAUCAUCAGGAAUGACUUCGAUGGACCUCACGCUGACGGCUCCUACAGAUGGGCUCUUCAAACUGAAGGUGGUAUAUUCCACGAGCAACUUGGCUCCUUGCAAAGUACAGCGGCCGAGGAGCCAAGUCUAUUGGUAGAGGGGCAGUACCAGUACACGGCGCCUGAUGGACAGGUUAUCAAUGUCCUGUACAAGGCUGACAAAAAUGGCUUCCACGCAGAGGGAGACCACAUACCCACUCCGCCGCCGAUACCGCCUGCCAUACAACGCGCACUCGACUACCUCGCUACACUACCGCCACCUACUGACUACCAAUAA